AGCGGGGCCGGAGCGGGCACCCCGGGAGCGGGGCCGGGGCCGGAGCGGGGCCGGGGCCGCUGCCCCCGCCAUGUCCAAGCUGCUGCCGGCGCAGGAGGCGGCCCGGAUCUACCACACCAACUACGUGCGGAAUGCGCGGGCCAUGGGGGUGCUCUGGGCCCUCUUCACGCUCUGCUUCUCCAUCCUGAUGGUGGUGACCUUCAUCCAGCCCUACUGGAUCGGCGACAGCAUCGACACGCCGCAGGCCGGCUACUUCGGCCUCUUCUCCUACUGCAUCGGCAACGCGCUCACCGGUGAGCUCAUCUGCAAGGGCAGCCCCCUGGACUUCGGCACCAUCCCCUCCAGUGCCUUCAAAACUGCCAUGUUCUUCGUAGGCAUCUCAACCUUCCUCAUCAUCGGCACCAUCCUCUGCUUCAGCCUCUUCUUCUUCUGCAACGCAGCCACCGUCUACAAAGUCUGUGCCUGGAUGCAGCUGGCAGCGGCUACCGGGCUGAUGAUCGGCUGCCUGAUCUACCCCGACGGCUGGGACUCGAGCGAGGUGAGGCGAAUGUGUGGGGACAAAACAGACAAAUACACGCUGGGCGCCUGCACCGUGCGCUGGGCCUACAUCCUGUGCAUCAUCGGCAUCCUCGACGCCCUCAUCCUCUCCUUCCUGGCCUUUGUGCUGGGCAACCGGCAGGACAACCUCCUCCCCUCGGAUUUCAAGGUGGAGGAGAAAGAAGAGGGAAACGACUGACAGAGCUGAUCACCACGGACAUCCAGAGCUCUUCUUCCAUCAGCCCUUUUCUUUGAAGUGACUCUUCUAGGAAGCCUAAACUUACCAAAUUCUGUGGAUUUUCUGCAGCUGUUUUCCUCACCCAUGGGGCUGCUCUUGGCUCACAGCUCUUGUGGAGCUUAUUUGGUUGGAAGAGCCCAAAAUGGACAUAAGAGUUUUUCUGAGUCCAUCCGCAAGAGGGACAAGAGGGGAAGGAUGGCAAUUUUCUGCUUUUGGAGGGUUUGUACACCUUCUUUCGAGGAAAUUACUUAUGAAUUAAAAAAACCACCACCAAAACAUCAGUGUUUUGGAUUUUGUACUCGUCUCCUGAGGGCAGAGGAAAACAUCUGCCAUGUCCCAGGCUGCCCUUUUACUGGAAAAAUACCAUGACAGGCCAAUUCCCAGCUCAGCCAUGAAUCACUUUCCUGCUCUGGGCAACAAUAACCAAACACAACCUCUGGAAAAGGGCACUUUUCUGGGAAAAAAAGAAAACCAAACAACAAAACCAGAAACCAGCAUGCUGGGCUGCAGCAGGCCUGGAACAGCACCCGCAAAGCACAGCAGCAGGUUCCAGUCAGCAUCAACUCCCUGCAUCACCCAGUUCAUCUGAUUUACCCAUCAUCUCUCCCAUCCAACACCCAUCCAUGGCAGCCCUUGGCACAGCCCAUUUCUGCAGAGGACAAAGCAGCUCUUACCUGGUCAGGACCCAAAAUCAGCCUCCAUUAUAAUUUUCAUUUUUACUUGCUGUAAAUUACUGGUUCCUGCAGCAGUCAAUUCAGUUCAGUUCUAACAAAUACCUUCCAGUUUUAGGCUUUCCUCUAAAAAAAGUGUUUGGGAAGGUUUUAUUGAGACUUUUGGCUAGAUAAGGCAGCAGAGGUAUGACAGAUUUGAAGAAAAACAUAUUUUAGAAUGGAAAAAUUCCAGCAGAGUUGUCCUAUUUUUUGCUCUUCUCCCCUUUUUAAAAUGGAUCACAAUACCAGCAACAAAAUCUUUACCUACCUCAUUCUGGAAACGAAAACUGUGUGCUCACUAGUGGAACAAAUUCCAUCCCUGAGCCCCUGACUCAGAAUUAUAAGGGGAACGUAUGAAGACUAGGGCUCAGUUAUUAAAUAAUCUGUUUAUUGUAGGGCUUUCACAGAGGGAAAAAAAAAAAAAAAAAAGACAAAGCACCCAAGUAGAAAGAAUAAAAAUGUAUUUUCCUUCAGGUUUUAGACUGACACAGCAAGUACAAAUCCUUUAGUGUGAGCACUUCGUGGCAAUUUGGAAAUGGAACAAAGCCCUAGUGAACGAGCGGACGGUACAAGACUGAAUCAUGACAGCUGCUUCUGCAGGUCUUCAACUCACAAGCUGGCUCUAGCCUUGGCUAUCAUGGUAAAAAAACCCCUCCUCCAGUCAGGGCUAGCAGAGGGAAGGGAAGGAAGGAUGGGCAGGAGCUCUCAAGAGUCAAAGAGUGCAGGCCCCUUCUGGGAAAUGUUCCUUCAUCAGCCAGUCUCAAGUAGGCAGGACCGGGUGAGCUUUCAAGACUGCAGGAAUUGUUUGCCCUGCCAAUGUAUCUUCACAGAAAGUUGGAACCCAGUACUGUCUGCAGUCCUCCUGUAACAGAUACAGAAGUGACCCACAACUGGAAAAUGCCGGAUGAAAGGAAAAAACCAAAAGAAAAGGUCAAUUCAGCAGUUAAAAACAUUUUUUGGUAUGGUACCUGCCUUUCUUUUUUUUAUGAUAUGCAUAGAGAACCUGAUCUACCACUAAAGGAACAUGCAGCAUGAUUUGCAUAAAUAAGCCAAAUUGGGCUCUGAAGUGGAGAAACUCUGUUCAAGUGGAUUAAAUGGCCCCGUUUGUGAGUGAAUGAUCCUUACAAACCACAGUUCCCAAACACAGACACAGAAGGGACACAUAACAGUGGUCUUGGCAGCUUUGGCAAUGGAAAUUGUCUUGGAUAGCAUCUGCACGGUCUCCAGCAACUUCUAUCCUCUGCAAACCACCACAAAUCCAAAGGCCUGUUUGGUCCAGAGUAAGGAAGUGUCUCUGAAGUCUCAACGUUGCCAAAUCUUGCUUAGAGAAGAGUGGGAUGCACUGAAUCUGUAACAGGAUGGGUAAGUCUAGAAGAAGCCAUCAUAGAACUAUCAAAUGCCACAGUGAUUUAACUUUUAAUUAAAAUUAACCCAUUAUGUCCAAACCCCCUCUGAGAAGCUUACAUAGAAAUCCCAUAGAACAUUUUUUUAUUUGGGGUAACUCUAGAAACAGCUUCUAAUCCAGUAUCUACGUGGAAAAGUCAGUUCUCUUCCACUUCUGCUAGCUCUCUUCUUGUGCUAAUGGCCCAGAAAAUAAAAGGCAGUCCCAUCCUGGGAAGUUAUUUCUGAAGGCCUGCACCUGAAGCAAAUUAAAAGAAAUCUUUACACUGGAACUUCAAGUGUUGAUUUUCAAAGUCCACAGCUGCAGCUUGGCUGUGAUACAGGCGCUGCAACCCUUUCCUUGGAAAAAAAGUGAAUGGUCAAAAAAUGAAAAGUCGCAGCAGACUGCAUCAGUGAAAGCCAAUCUCUCAUGAAUACCACCUCAAGCAAGGCAAAAAAGUGCCAGUAAGGGAUAAAAAACCCCAAAAACUUAUGGCUCGCUAUCAUGUUAAGAGUUGCCUGCAACAAGGCUCUCUCUGCAGGCUGAGGGUGCACCCAUCUGUUGGCUGAGGGUUGUGCGUUUAGUCAGUUCUAGCUUUUGCUUAUUUUGCUUGUCACCUUUAAGUCACAGGCAUUGAAGUAGAAAACAUCACCAAGUCCAGAAACUAUUCUGACUAUCAAGGGCACAGGGAAGGAGAAAAAGUAAAUGGACAGGGCACUUUGGAGGAAGAAAUAAAGGAUACUAAAACCUAGGUUUAAAAAGCUCUUUCAAAAGCAGUACUAAAUAAAAGCUGUGACUGGAAAGCAAAGAAAACAGUAGACACUUAGAGAGUGAUGGCAGAUUUCAAGGUCUUUGCUCUAACAAGGAUCUGGCACCACCUUGAUGCCAACUGUUACAUCUCACCCCAUCAGUAGCUACUGGAUCAACAGUGGGAAAAUUGACUCCUGAGUCAGUGAGAUCUUCACAGGAAGACAGGAGGGUUGGAAUUUAGCUAAGGGAGAUAUCUGAGCACGGGUGAGCUCACAUCUGUCACACACAGUGCCUAACAGUGAGGAGACUGAGGAAAAAUCUCUGAUUCUAGUUAAUUAGUCUUUGGUGAAGCCCAAUCAAGGCAAAAACAUGGAUGAUGCCCACUGGCUGAGGAGAGUCCCCAUUAAGUCACACAAACAAAUUCAGCAGAACGGGUUAGAUUUAUCUAAAAUCUUGGAAGCCUUGAAGGAAGAACUCCACACUGAAACUGAACAAGGAGAAAUAUGGGUCUGGGAAAGGGCAGCUGGGUGUGUAGGCUAUGCUGUAAACCAGAGUAUAACGUUGUGGCAUUGCUUGGAAGCUUCUAGGAGUUAAGCCAGGGGUGCCUGAGACACUCUGCUGCUGUAGCUCGUUUCUCUGGGAUCAGCUCCAGCAUAGGGAGUAAGAAGUCUGUGAAUGCAGCUGCCUCAUCUUGGGACCACUCGUAUUUUUCCACCAACACUUCAAAAAGGCCCCAGGGCUUCAGUUUGGUGAUGUGCUUCAGAUCACCUGAAACCCCAAGACAAACGGGUUAAGUGCAAGACAGGGGAACAGAGCAGCUCAAUAAAAUUGGCUGAACAUGACCGAGUGAGCUCAAGAGACUGUUCAAAGGAAAUAAAAGGUGCUAGGGCACACUGAAGGGACAAGUCAAUUAUAUUAAACCCCCUUUUCUAUCUGCUUCAGAAGCCUGUUACAGAAAUGUACUUCCUCAAAGGGUUCUUUUUUCACCCCCUGCUAUUUCAGCUCUCCUAUCAGCAAAUAUUAACUUCAUUAAAUUACCAAUUAUGCUGCUUGACAUGACAGAUAAACUGUGCCACUGAGUCUGGAAUACAUGCAAUGCAUGGAGCACUGUUUGAGAAAUCAAUAAACUACUAAUAAAGAAGGGGUUGUUUUUAUAAAAAGAAUUAAUAAACUAGAUCAAAACCUAA